GAUGCAAACUUGAUGAGUUACAGAGGGAAAGAGAAAGCCGGAUCAGAGAUUCCACUUUACCAUACCGCUCCGGGAAGCGACAACAGAGUUGGGCGGUUUGUAUUUAAGCCAAGAGCCAGUUGGAAGCAGCUUUUAAGCUUGCAGGAUGCGAAAGUUAUCGGUCUUAUCAUGGGAUCAUGGGUUAUUUUGGUGCACUUGGUAGAAAGGACACACGUUAGAUACGUUAUCAACAAGUGCCAGUGGAAGAACUGGGAGAAUUGGGACAAGAAGACGGGGAUAGUACCACACAGAGUGGCAUUAGUGGCGGAUCCCCAGUUGGUGGACGACAAUUCGUAUCCUGAUAGACCCGAUCUAUUGAACUACUUUGUGAAGAAAAUAUGUGAUAAUUACCUUCGUCGAAACCACCGGUUUUUACAACGUCUUCUUGAUCCUGACAGCACCAUAUUUCUUGGAGACUUGUUCGAUGGUGGCAGGGACUGGAAUGACCAAUUGUGGUUCGAAGAGUAUGAACGGUUCACAAACAUCUUUCCUGCUCAGCCUCACAGAAUUACAAUUAAAUCACUUCCCGGAAACCACGACAUUGGCUUUCAGACCAUCGACCCUCUUAGGCAGAAGCGGUUUGAAAGGUUCUUCGGGCCUCCCAAUGAUGUUGUGACAUUGGGGAAUCAUACGGUGGUGUUGUUGGAUGUGAUCUCGUUAUCUUCUGAGUCAAAAGAUAUAAACCGGCCACCACACGAGUUUUUGCAGCUGCUUCCUGCCACGAUGGAAAAGAACAUUCCAAAGAUCUUGUUGACCCAUGUACCGCUCUAUAGAGAUAACCAGCAGCAAACUUGUGGUCCUAAGAGGGAAUCCCCCAACCCAUUUCCGGUCAAGAAGGGAAAACAGUACCAAACAGUGGUUGAACAUGAUCUUACAUCUGAAAUUCUUGAUACCAUCAAUCCUUGUCUUGUGUUUGGUGGUGAUGACCAUGACUACUGUGAGAUUUCACACCAACUUAGCCAUGGUUUGUCUGCUAAAGAAAUCACUGUCAAGUCGGUGGCCAUGAGUGCUGGAAUCAAGCACCCUGCAUUACAGCUAUUAUCUCUCCACAAUCCUGUUGAUGCAGAAGGCCAAAGUCUUGCGGCUUUGCCAACAUACCUGACGGAGAUGUGCUACUUACCAAGCCCAUUGGCUGGUAUCACCCUUUAUGUGAUUUGGUUUAGUAUAAGCAUCAUCGUAUUGGGGUUAAAGACAAAGUGAACCUGGGGUCCAAGGACUAUAAAAAGCUAGGCAUUACAAUUUGCUUCACGAUCUUUUAUGUGUAUUUGGUGAUUGGACUCCACUACUCGUAUGUAUAGGAAACUAGAGAUAAUAUACAAUAGAGGUGUUUUAUCUGAAACUGAAGAAUCGUUCGAGGUAGCUUGGAUUGAAGUCGGUUCUUUUGGCGACAUAUUGUCUGAUGGUUGAAGGCUUUAGACUGGCUAGUUGGCCUUCUGUGACCAAUGAGUUGAUCAAGUUAGGAUGCACGGUGAAAAUAUUACCGAUUUCUUUCAAUAUUUGGAAGUUUUCAGACAAUUCGGGGAUUUCCCAGCUUUCAAUGACUGCUUGGUAUCGAAUGACAUCUCUAGUUAAGAUGAUACCACCGGUGGAAUUGACGGUGAACUUUUUGAAGUGCUCAAGUAAUAGGCUUAAGAACUUCAUUCCCACUUUAGUCAAGACAUUCAAAAGAUUCAGAUCAUGCAAAGAAACUGUCAAGCUCUCAUGGGUUUUUGUCAUGAAGUCCGAUACAAAUUCACAGGCUUCUGUGUCAUAUUCGGUGAUAUUAUCAGCCAAAAAGUCUUUCCGUUUCUGCUUAGACAAAAAGUAUGCCAAUUUUUCAGAUAUCAAGUCCAUGGUCUCCUUUAAAAUCACGUUUAUGGCUACUUCACAACGCUUGAUAUAGCUGUUAGUGAGAUUUAUCAUCCUGUUUCUGAUGUUCGGAUUGUUUGCGGAACAUGGAAUGAUGACUCUUCUAAUGCAGCUGGAAAGAAGAAACAAGAUAUCCGUCAACAAUGUGAACGACUGUAAGUAGCUGAAAUCAAUGGCAUUAUUUGAGCUUACUUUUGUGUAGUUGCUCUCCAGCUUCAAAGCAUCAUAGAUGACUUCCAAGCUUCCUUGGAUAUACAACUUUCCAAAGUCGAAUAAAAGUAUUUCCAACAAUUCCAAUGCGUAUUCAGGAGACCGAUUUGGCUCUAAUUCCAAAACUCUGGCGACAGACUCAAUUAUGGAUUUUAUGAUGGUUUCUGCAAGUGCCAAGUUCAAAGAACUAUACUGUUUUCGCUCUUCGGAGUCUUCUGGGUCUAUUGAGUUUCUGUUUCUGACAUUGACUUCUGAUAAUCGAGACUUCAUGAAAUCUUUGAACUUAUUUAAUCUCUUUCGUUCAAUUAUACCGAAUGCCUUGUCAGACGAGGCGGUAGAAUCAUUGUUAUAAUCGAGAUUGUUCAAGUUAUCGAGAGUGGUGGAUAAUUGAUUGGCAUUCAAAGCCCUUUCAUUAUAGGAGGUGAACUUCGAUACCACAUCGUAGAUCAAAUCUUCUAAGCUCUUCUUCUCUCGGUUGAAAUAAACAUUGUCGGAGGUGUAUUCAAUGAACAAAUCAUAGAAACAUUGGUCCAAUAUCGAGGAUAACUCGUUAUCAUUAUCGAAAUCAUUGGUGAUGAAGAAAUCCUUCAAGUCUUUUGUAAACUCGUUCACUUCUUGCCUGGCCCUUGAUAGUGACUUUGAGGUGGUUCAACAAAUCUUCUAGGUUUUCAUCCACCACCGACUCAAGGUAGUCAGGAUUGGACAAGUUGAACCACACGGCC